GAAAGUCCGAACUUCGAAGGACCCGAUGCUAGAAAACACGGUGUGACGACGCGACUUCGAAAACAGGAGUGUGUUUGGAAUCGGUGCCGGCAAGAAAAGAAGCUCGGACGGUGCGAGGAAGCCGAACUUGGGUGUACAAGGGCGCACGACCUUCCCAGGAAUGAGGCCUCCUGCGACGCGGUCUCUGUGAAUCUUUUGUUCGGCCGCACCUCGGCAGAGAGGUAGCGCGGUUUUAGAAUCCACGGCCGCUACCACCAUGGCAUGCGAUACUAGGCACGACCGCUCGGCUCCCUAUGCUAGGUGGUCGUGCGUCGCAGGCUGACGUUUGUCUCGCCUUACUGAAUCUCCUUGGAAGGAUAACAGAAAAAAAGCAUAAGUGAACGUGUGACAGCCCACAAACGAAAGUGCACUGCGCUUUUGUUUCCCCCCUCAAGCCCGGUCACAUUUCUGUUAUUGCUGAAAAAAAGUUUUUUCUUCGAGCAAACAACAACCCCCGUGCGUCUGAGUGUGUGUUGUGCGCCAUUGCACCGUGCGAAGAAGAAAUCUGCGCGUCGCGACAUUGGCAAACUCCACACCGACAAAGUUUUAAUUUUUUUGUUUUCCUUUCACGGGAUUUCGAGGCUUCUGUGAGAAACGACGCCAGCGGAGAGUCGGUGUUUUCGGGCUUGGAGAAGAACGACAAACCCGACGCCGACGGAGUUCCCGUCUCGGACCGUGAUCACCAUGCCUUGGAUUCUCCUGUUUUUCGUGUUGGCGAUUAUUGAAGCACUACCGGUGGAUGUAUCCUGCGUACGGCUGGCGGAUAUUUACUGGAAUGCCACGAAUCCAAUCUUCCGUAUUGACAACACGGACCACAUCAUCGACGUGAACAAGGGCAACAUCCCGUUCGAGUACGACCAGGUGAACAUCAUCUGCCCCGUCUACCGCACGGGAACCCAGGAGGAGGACGUCGAGCGGUACAUCAUUUACAACGUGUCCAAGGAAGAGUACGAUUCGUGCCGCAUCACGAACCCGACGCCGCGCAUAAUCGCUGUUUGCGACAAACCCCACCAGUUAAUGUACUUCACGAUCACCUUCCGCUCCUUCACGCCCCAGCCGGGGGGGCUCGAGUUCAGACCCGGACAGGACUAUUACUUCAUCUCCACUUCGACGGGAAGCGAGGAGGGUUUGCACCAGCGCAUCGGUGGCCGAUGCGCCACCCACAACAUGAAGGUCAUCUUCAAGGUCUGCUGCGACCCCAGCAAGAGCACCACAUCUCGGCCCCGAUCGACAACCACAAGCACGGCACUGCCUCCGGCCGUGCCGUCCUCGGUUCCCCGUGACGAGCUGUCGUCGGACCGGCGGCGGCCGUGGGCGACCAAUGCGACGCGCCCAGUGCUGCCGGCCGGACCCGCAGCGCGACCCCGGGCCCCGUGGCUACCGCCCACAGCUGUGCCCGAGGAGUCCCCGCUGCCCCCUCCGAGGCGGUGGCCCGUGUUCCCGCCGCGACCCCCGCCACACAGGCCCAUCAAGACAUACGACGUGCCCGUGGCGGACGGCAAGCAGUCUUCCAAGAAGACCGCCGAAAACCGAGACAAGCUGCCAAACGAAACGAGAGCCAAGAACGAGGAGCUGGUGAACAGUGCCUCGUCACUGGUCUCGUUAUGGUGGUCUGUCCCACUGACCACAUUGCUGGCUGUGCACUUUAACGUUAUUCUGACAAGAACAAGAUGAAACAGUUGCCACCUCGCGUCGUCGUCUGCACCACGUUGUGAAUGUUUAGAUCAACCAUCUGCUGAGCCACUGCCACUAUCGGACUGAACGAGUGAGCCGGCAGACUAGCAGACAGCAGCAGUCGCCUGGUUACAUGCGCUGCUGAAUGUUGCAUCGUCCACCCUGUGUGCUGUGCACUGAGAAGACUGUUCUGUUCUGGACAUUGUUUAUUAUGUUAGGCAAAAAUGUCUGCACGUGGUUGCGCUCUCCCAGCACUGUGGGACUGCAGGCUAGGACUUUCAAGCACUGAAGUACCAUCUAUGGUCGUCGACAUCAUCUGGUCAGUCAAUGUGUUUUGUUUUUUUUUUUGUGUAUAUGGGAACAAGAGUGGGUGACCCGACCGCGUGAACGCUAGUGCUGUGCACAGUGUGAUGCGCCAAACAUUUUCCGGAUGGCCUUUGGCAACCCGACAGUGUUGUGUCCUGUGCUGGCGGAUGGUGACACCUGUGGCCCAAGAACAGUGGUGUGCUCCCUGCGGCGCCCUCUACUUAGUGGCCAUUUCACGUCUUGUCUAAAGACAAAUUGACUUUUGAAUUUUUUCGAACUUUUUUUUCUUCUUGUCAAGGCCUGUGUAUCUGGCAUUGUCUGUCAGCACUUUCUGUCCCUCCUCUUAUUCUGGGUUGUGACCCACGAUGCCUGAACUUGUUCUGUGGGCAAUUGCACUUCUGCAGUACUAGUUCUGCCUUGUUCGCUUUGAGAGAAGCAAAAGAGGUCUUCAGUGCAUGCCCGUCCAAGCCAGCGGAUUGCGGCUUCAAAACUGAGAUGGCAUUUCGUCCCCGCGUGGAAAAGUAAAAGCAGAGCCGCUAGCAUGGAGCACCGUCUCACUAUUUCCAGUGGAAGUUAGCACUUGGUGUCAAUUUUUGGUAUACAUCUGCACAUAGUGAAACUCGUGUUAGUGAACUGAGUGAGUGAGAAAGUUGAUCGCAUGCAUCAUUUGUUUUAUAUUUGAGGAGGGUGUGAAUGCUGUGUCGCAAGGCUAACGGAUUAAGUCCCAAAGCAGUUAUUCAGAGGGCAGGAAGUCGGUGAGCUUUGGAAGCUGCUAGAUAUGAACUGCAUGAUAUGACAAUGCAUUUAAGGUGCAAGGUUCCCAGGUUCAGAAAAAAUACGUUCUAUUUGUUUCCUACCAAUGAAUCACAUAAGUUAUGGGGAGCAGAGUUUUCAGUGUCCAGUGUUUCUUGCCAGAUGCAUCUGUGUGCUAACCUUCACAACCCAGCGAGUGCACAAUAUUGCUAGGGAGCAGUUUUGCGUGUGCAUCACUGCCUAAAAAAAUCAGAGAAAUUGCCAUUAGGCACUUCCACACCACUUAUAGUGAUCUGCAUAGCUCGCACUGUUUACAUUUUUAUUUGAUAGGUCCUGAAGAUAGAGCUCUACUGAUGCGAUGCUGCUUGUGCUAUAACAUAGAAUCUCUAUGAAAGUGGACCAUUCUUCUGUUAAUCAUGAAGUGCAGUGCCAAAGGUAGUCAUAGUGGACUACUGGUAGCUAGCCAGUAAUCGCAUUUUAAACAAAGUGCAUAUUUUCCAUGUUUGCAAAGUGCCUUACACGCAUUGAAAUGGCAGCACCAGUAGCAGCAGAGCUUUUUCACUUAGAUGGUCCUAACGGGUUUUGCAACUAUUUCAAAUUUUUUUUGAGGAGGUGGUAGCCCCCUUCAGUGCUACACCUGUGCAUUUAGAUUUCAAACGGGCCAACCAAUUUGUCGGUCUACGAACAGUUCAAGGUUAUUGCUCUUUACUGCGUUUACACACUGGAAGCUUUUUCACAAAAACGCUCGCUUACAACUCUCCCCCAUUUCCAUGUUCCAUCACUCAACCCUCGCAACUCAAUUUUUUAAUCUGUGCAGUAGCUGUCAUACCUAGCAUGCCUCUUCCCAUAAUGUAGUUUUUUUGCAUCCUAAGUAACGAUACCCUUUAGCUGAAAAGGAAACGCAGCUUCUCCAGCGGGUACAAAAGUGGAGUGAUUAACUCUAGCAAAUGGCAUUAUCCCACACUUGUGUGCUAUCACCGGAAUACAAGAAAGGUAUGUUCACCGUUUGCUGAAAUGUGGCUGAGCUGUGCUCUGUGGACCACCAUUGACUGCUUUAUGAAGUUGUGUACAUGCACUCCAUAGGUUAAAUAGCCAACUCCUGGUGUUUUUGAUGUGUUCCUGUUCACUCAUGCACUGGCUGGAAAACUCUGCUCACUUAACUGUCGGGCUAUAACUUGCUUGUUCACAAUGCACUAAUGAUAGCGAACAUUGAUAAUUAAGAGAAUAUGUAUAUUCAACGGCACUGUGGUUGUGAGGGCUGUGUUCAAGCGCUGCAACGUUCACUACAGCCCUCAACUUUAGGCAUAUCCAGUUUCAGUGGUAUCAAGCCUUAUUUGGUAAUGUGAGGUCUGGACACUUAAGACAUGCAUUUCUAGCAUUUGUGUUCAGAGCAAGUGAGCUGCAGUCUUGCACUAUGCAACGCUUGCGAGGCAGGAAAAGGCUUGCUCCUAGUCAGCGACUUUUCAGCAUUCAUGUGUGACACGUCAUGUAUUGUGGCACAUGGCUUCACAUUCACAGGCAUCAGAUUUCAACUGAUACAUUUUAGACAGAUGUGGUCUACUUGAUAUUUAGGCAUUUCAGUAAAUUAUCAAUGACAAUUAGGUGAGAGCUGCUGAAAUACAUUUUAUAAGCAUCACCCAGCCAUCAAUCAGUAUUGCUUGCAAAUUUUUAAAUAAUCUUUGAAGUAACCGCUGCACAUCUCUAGAGUUUUUAUUUGACAUUGGCACUCGUAUUUUAAAAAUCAUGUUAUAUAACGAAAUGCUUGACAAGUGUUAGUUUAAAAAACGUUGAGAAUUGGCACUCAAUCAUUUCAUUUGCUCUGUUAGCAUUCAGUCCUAUUAUGUGUAGGACUGUGCAUUAGAAUAUGGGCAAAGCAUCUCUGUGCAGAGAUAAGACAAUGUAGCCAUGGUAGUAUGACAUAGUGUGAGGUAAGUUCUGCACAUUACAUUCUCUUUUGCUAGAACAUUUUCCUUUAGAUGUGAGCAGCAGAACAUGCCAGCUCAACGGGAAUUAUUAGCGAUCAAUCUUUUGCACAGCUCGUUGUUUCUAUGAUGCCAUAGAUGCGACACCGUUUUCCUUGUCUAAAAGCCAAAUGCACUAGCAGCCAUUUUCUUAUGAAGCUUCGUUUUUAAGUGAAAUGGACUUGAGGGGGGAAAAGUGAGCGCGGCUGUUUUGCCCUAAGACGUGUCCUCGUAUGAUGUUAAUAUAUUCAUUUUUUGAAACUGUCCCGUGUUCCUUGUGCCUUGGGAACAGCUGUGCCAGUGUGCUUAUGAGUGUUCUGUGCGUUUAAAGAGAAGUGAGUAUGUGUGCAUGCGUGGUUGAAUGGCAGCUUCCUUCAGAUCUCGAUGCGACAUGCUUCACUGUGGUCAGUUGCCUUGCUUAUUCUGUGAAAGUAUUUUGCAGUUCCUGGUUGUUAUUUUUGGAAAAGAAAGUGUGAACAAAGAAUGCCGGCACUCUCCUAGAAGGAUUCUAUCGCCAGAAUUUAGAUGUCGGCAGUGACAUGGGAAAUAACAAAAUGCCAAAUUCACCUGUGAUGGUUAUAAUAGGUUAUCGCACAUCUUUUCUCACAGUUGCCGUGGAUGAUAAUGUGUGUCAGAAGACUGUCUGUCUUUAAACGGUGUUUAAAGGCAUUAAAGGAAUAACAUAAGGAAGCGAUGGCCCUGAGCAUCAAAAGCAAACUCACUCUGGCUGGGCUUCUUGCUGCUUUUGAGAGCUACUGUCGUGAGCUUUAAUAUAGCUUAGUGGUGUUUACUUUGUUUUGUUUAUAUGUACAUGCAUUGCAAAGUUUAGCACAGCAAGUACAGUACCGAGCAGUGAAGCAUGCCGUACUCGUCCUUUCAACAUUAGCGAUUGAGGGGUGAGAAAGUUGUGCUUUGUUGAUGGUACAUUUGUGUCAGCACGAGUGUUGGUUAUAUAAAUGUAUAAAUACAUGAACAGAGUAUGACAAUUAGCAUAUGACAUUGUCAGCGAUACACUCCGACUGAAAGUGCGUCUAGGAAUACGUUUUUAAUUUAAUAUAUCUUCUUUAGCCUUUUCCCUAGCACAUCUUCUCUUUCAGAAGUUAUGGUUUCUGUUGAAAUUUCUUGUCCUGCCAGUCUUUUUGUUUCCUUGGAAGUAGUCAAGAUAGUUAUUUUCACAUUCAAGGCCGAUGUGUCUGAGCCAUAUGAAUUGAUGAAGCAGUCUAUGCUUAGGAACUGUUCAAAUCAUUUGUGGCAGUUUAGACAAGGCAGUGCUGUGGGAACUAUAGCUCCUGGGACCAGAUUCGUUAAUGUUACAUGCACCGCCUGUGUUCUGCUCCUGUAGGAGGCAGAAUCAUGUAGGUAUGUGGGUCAGCCUGCAAUUAAGAAAUGCACUGGCAAUAUUGUCAUGAGUACAUUGACUUUGUAGUGUUUGUGUUGUUCUGAGUAGCAAUGUACAUGUUUUUUUUUGUGUCAAGAAAAUUUACAUUUGUGUGCAAAAUUUUGAGCAGUGAACGUACCGCUCUCAUUAAAGGUUAAGCUCCUCUCACAUCAAUGAAUUCGUUUUAUUCACUCAGAUUUUCAGUGUGCAGCUAGCUCAUUGCAGCUAUCCUGUGGGGCAUAAUAUUUCCUACUAGGUUAGUGAGGCAGUCUUAAGGCAUAACUACGAUGAUAAUUUACAGUAAGGCCAAUACCUGUAAUUGUUUAUACCAAAGCACGCAGCUAGAGCGGACAUUUUAAUCUAAAAUAUUUUGGUUUUUUUAUCGUCUAAAAGCUACUGGUAUCGUUCUCAGCAUGUCUUAAAAGUCCUCUUCAGUAAUAUUGUUGUGACUUAGUGAGGCAGUACAGUUAUAGCAUUAUUGUACAACUUUGACGAGUAUUCUAUCAACAUUUCUACGUUCUAGUGGCUCGGAUAUCUCGGCCCUAUUUAUUUCUUCUUUCUGUUGCUUGCCGUGCAUUUUUGUUUGUGCAGUUUGAAGAUGUGUUUCAAGUACAGCAGCUACUCUAAAUAUGUACAUUUGAGAGCUCCAAUUUCUUUGUUAUCACUGGAUGAAUUAUAGACAGUCUCUGUACACUUUCACUGUCAUCCCUUCGUGUUGUGGCGAAGUCAAAUAACAACAGCAAAAAAUUUUUAAAAUUUCAAAGUUCGCGGAUGAGAACUGCUGACCGCACCCUAAACUAUCCAUCUAAAUGCCAGACCGCAUAUGGCAAUGUAACCUCAUUCUUGACCGAAGUAAUUUACUACAUAGAUGGUACCGUUAGUGGAAUUACUGCUACGUCAGUGAGCCACGACAUUCAUUGUGUUCUUUGAAACGCCUUCAUGCUGUUACCACGGUCAAAGCGAAAAUGCCCCGAGCUGACGUCGUCCAUGAAUGCGACAAAAUCAACUGACGAAACAACGUCGGGUGGGUUGGCGACGACAUGUACGUCACCUGCGUCUGUGUUGGUACUAUGCGCCUAUUGGCUGCGGGUGAUACUGUCGCUCCUUAUCUCCAUGGUGGAUGCAUCGAGUGAGCAGGAGGCGAUUAGCCUGCUGCACAUUCUUUUGAGGUUCAGAUCACUAUCACUUACCUGACCGACAACUGUACAGAAAUGGCAAAAUAGUCUGUACAGUAGGAGUGCUGAACAUGAAAGCUUUAAAGCCCGCUGAACGAACGAAAGCGGGCGAUACGAAAGGGUUUUCUUUUCUUGUUCCGUGCGCUGAGAAAGAGAUUGUGACACGGCAAACAAGAUGGCAAUGCAUGUAUUAUACGUUGCUUUGGUUUUCAUGUGUUCUGCUGAAAUGGCUGCGCGCCAGUCUGCGUGGUCCCUUUUUUUUUUUGCGAAUUCCUCGUGUGAUACUGUUUUUUUGUUUGUUUGUAUAAGCACAAACUAAUAAGGAAGAUGUUAAUAAAGAAUUUUUUUCCUGGUGAAA